AUGACGACUCCUGAGUAUCAUGAAUGGUGGGUUAAGAGGAUUAAUGAUAAUACACCUAAGUUAAAUCAGGAAGACAGCCAGUCAAUAGAAGAGCAUUUGCGGGUCAUCCCUUCUGAGUUGGAAAUCAUAAGACAAUAUUUUGAAAGAAGAAAUGCAGAUUUGGAGAAAAAGAUAGAGCAAAUGGAGGCAGAAAAGACGAACAUGAGAUUGGAUAUAGACGUUCAGAAGCUUGAAAAUGAUAAGCUAAAGAAAGAGAAAAACAAGGCUGAGGAGGAGCUGGGUAAUCAGAAGACGGAUUAUAAAAAGUUAUGUUUGUCGCUGGAAAAGACUUCAGAACAGUGGCAAGCAGAAAUUCGAGAAGAAAAGGACAAAGCCGAUAGAUGGGAACAGAAAUUCCAAGAGAUGCAUAGACAAAACAAAGCUUUAGAAAAGAGUUUGUCAGAAAGCCAAAAGGAAAAAUGCGAGCUAAAGGAUAGGGUGGUUGUGUUGGAAGGAUGUCUUCGUCAAUAUCGAAAUUGA